AUGGAAUUUGAACAUCAACAUGCAACAAGAUGGAUUGGCUAUGUUGAUUGGAGAAAUAGACCUGCCCUUAGAGGAAAACAUGGUGGAAUGAUUGCAGCUUCCUUUGUUUUGGUGGUGGAGAUAUUGGAGAAUCUUUCAUUUCUAGCAAAUGCAAGCAACUUGGUGUUAUAUUUAAGAAAAUAUAUGCAUUUUUCGCCGUCGAAAUCGGCGAAUAAUGUUACAAAUUUCAUGGGAACAGCUUUUCUUCUUGCUCUUCUUGGUGGAUUUCUAUCUGAUGCAUUUUUCACAACUUAUCGCAUCUACUUGAUAAGUGCAGUUAUUGAGUUCCUGGGACUGAUUAUACUAACAACACAAGCAAGUGUGUCUUCACUUCAGCCAGCAACCUGCGACCCAAGAACAGAAUGUGAAGAAGUGAAUGGUGCAAAAGCACUAAUGCUAUUUGCAGGACUAUAUCUAGUUGCUCUUGGAGCUGGUGGAAUCAAAGGAUCAUUGGCACCACAUGGUGCUGAACAAUUUGAUGAGAACAGUGUACCUGGAAGAAAGCAUAUAUCAACAUUUUUCAACUACUUUGUGUUUUGCUUAUCAUGCGGUGGCCUUAUUGCAGUCACUUUUGUUGUUUGGAUCGAAGAUAAUAUUGGUUGGAAAUGGGGUUUUGGAAUUGCUACUAUUAGCAUGUUUCUUUCUAUUCCUGUUUUCUUGGCUGGUUCUACUAGAUACAAGAACAAAAUUCCUACUGGAAGCCCUCUUACAACCAUUUUGAAGGUUUUGGCUGCUGCAGCAAUGAACAAAUUCAUCUCCAAAAACUCGAGCAGUGCUGUUGUGAACAUGACAUCAAGUCCAUUAAAUCAAAACUCAAUCCUAAAACAAGAAUCAUCAUCAUCAUCCAAAGAAAUCAAAGAAAUUAAAGCUCCAUCAACCACACUAAAAUUCCUCAACAGCGCAAUCGAAAACGAAUCAAUAAAAUGCUCGGUCGAAGAACUCGAAGACGUAAAAAUAGUCCUAAAAAUCCUCCCAACAUUCUGCUGCACAAUUGUCCUAAACUGCUGCCUAGCUCAGCUCUCAACAUUCUCUGUCGAACAAGCCGCGACAAUGAACACAAAAAUCGGCUCCCUAAAAGUCCCACCCGCCUCAUUACCGAUCUUCCCAAUCAUCUUCAUAAUGAUCCUCGCACCGAUUUACGAUCACAUUAUAACCCCCUUCGCAAGAAAGUACACUAAAUCCGAAAUGGGAAUAACUCAUCUCCAAAGAAUCGGAUUCGGACUAAUCCUAUCAAUAAUCUCAAUGGCAGUUGCAGCAUUAGUCGAAGUGAAACGAAAACGAGUAGCAACAGAAUCAAAUCUCUUAGACGAUCACACAAAACCGAUACCUAUAUCGUUCUUUUGGAUCGCUUUUCAGUUUCUGUUCCUCGGUUCAGCCGAUCUUUUCACAAUGGCCGGUUUAUUGGAGUUUUUCUUCACGGAAGCGCCCGUUAAAAUGCGAUCAUGGGCGACAUCGCUUACUUGGACAUCUUUGGCAAUAGGUUAUUACCUAAGUUCAGUGAUUAUAUCAAUAGUUAAUACUGUUACUGGUAAUGCCUCUCAUAAACCUUGGUUAUCGGGUUCUAACCUUAACCAUUAUCAUUUAGAGAGGUUUUAUUGGCUUAUGUGUGUGCUUAGUGGUUUGAAUUUUCUGCAUUACUUGUUUUGGGCUAUUAGAUAUAAGUAUAGAGGAACAGGUAACAGUCAGUGA